UGAGAGUGAAACGGAAAAUCCAACCAAGUGUAUAGCAGAAGUCAAGAACGAAUGCAACAAACAAUAAAGGAAUAGCAAAAGAAAAUGUAGAGAAAGAUUGUAAAUAAGUAAGCGCCGAUAAACAAGAAAUACAAAAUCCAACCAAAUGUAAAAACAAAGCAAAAGUCAGAUGAAAAUCAACAAAAAAGUGAGAAUAGAUUGAGUGCGCACUGGGUAGACCAUUUUAAAAAUUCAUUCCGCAGUGAAUUCCAGCAGAAACGGUACUAAAUCCAUAUUGGUCGCGUAUUAGUGCAAUUUGUAUAUCUAAAUUUUCAAUUUUGAUGACACAAAGUAGAUUUCACUAUUUUUAGUGUAAAGUGCUUAAAGUUAGAUGAAAGUUUUCAACAUUAAAAAAUUUUCAUGAUAAAGACAUUUAAAAUAACAAAUUGUGCAAACAAAAACUGAUUUCGUGUCACAGUUAAUAAAUUUGGCGAAAAGAUGUAACUCGAAAGAUAUUAAAAUCGUCACAAAUUCAACUUGAAAAUCAUAUCGUGUUUCCGGAGUAUUUAAUAAGAAAAGCCUAAUAAAAUUAAGGAAAAUUAUAAUUUGUGACUUAAAACAAAGCAACCGUUGAAAGUACACACAACAAAAAUGUUUUCGUUUCACAAACCCCGAGUUUAUCGCUCGGCUGAAGGAUGUUGCAUAUGUCGUGCAAAGUCAAGUAGUUCACGUUUCACCGACUCUCGCAAAUACGAACAAGACUCAAUGAAAUGUUUUGAUUUGAAAUAUCCUCGCCAUGGAGAAAUUUGCAAUGCAUGCGUUUUGCUGGUGAAGCGUUUUAAACGCCUUCCAGUGGGCAGCACCCGACAUUGGGGACAUGUGGUUGACGCUCGUGCGGGACCAGGAACGAAAUCCAUUUCAAAACACAAGAAGGGUCGGGACGAUUCAGAAACCACAGCACAUAGUGCUUCAAGUAGUAGCACUCGACGUGCUCCCAAUUCCAAGUCACUCAUUCCUGAAAAAUUUUCAAAAAUUUUUAAAAAGAGUAAGAAAAGCAAAAUAGAUGUCGGUGCUUGCACUGAAAGGAAAGCUGAUGGAUGUAGACGAUCUGCCGUGCCUGGAUUAAAGGCAUGGAGCGAUCAACAAUCGUUUUCUGCAACACCUGAUUCAAUGGACAGCGAUUACGAAGAUAUCGCUGAGAGUGGGGAUGUUUACGACGCAAAACGAGUAAACGUCAACGCUAAUAAUACAAUUGUGCAAUUUCAAACACAAACGCGUGCAUCUGCAAAUCGUGCCUCACGUAGGGCCACCAUUACGAGCAAUGCAUCCAGUAAUCCCCGUAAGAGUCCGCUAAAAACCGGCAGCAAACGACGUAAAUGCAUGCCCCCUAUUCGAAAUCGGUCUACGUUAAAACUUACCAAUGAGAAAGCGCAAUUCUUUGAUGAGACGGAAUGGCAAGAACGUAAGACCUGUUGCGGCAUGACGUAUGAAUGUUCAUCGCUAGCUGGAUCAAUACUCAUAGACACUGACAAAUUUGAAGUCUGCUCAGAACAUAAACGCUCGCAGAUAUCGCAGAUCUCGCAGAUUGAAACCGCAUCAACUGCCAAAGAAGAGCUGUCAUCUACUUCGCAAAAGACAAUCAUCGCCACAUUGCCAGCUGUUGUACAAAUAUCUGCGCCAACAACGACUAGCGUUUGUCCACCGCCAUUACCCAAUCCAGUGAAUAUGAUCAAACCAAAUCAUACACCAGUAUUGAAGAAACAUCAUUUGUUCUUCAAACGACAGUCGGAAAGUUUUCCACAAGUGGAUCUCGCUGUUAACAACAAUAUAAUCAAUUCCUCAAAUAAGACUGAAUCUCUGGCAGUAUCAACAACCACCCCGGUUAUAAUUAAAAGCAGCACAAGCACCGCAAAUCACAGCGCCUCAAUGCCACAUUCAUCAACAGCAAUAACGAUUGGAGGCAACUCGAAUAUCGUCGUUUCCACGCCAUUGCCACUCGCAAUAAGUACCACAAAUAUAUCUGCCAUAUCGAGCAUUUCUCCUUCCAGUGCAACAGCCACUUCUGUGACAGCGCAAAUGCCGCGGCAUUCUACCGCUAAGGUUACUACGAUUUCACCACCAUUGCCAACAACAAAUAUAAUCGGUGGCAAUAGACUUUUGCAUAAAAUAAAGGCGGGAAAAAUUUUCAAACAUUCUCUAGAAAAAAUUGGUGUCACGUCUACAGCCGCGCCAGUCUCGUCAGCCACAGUGGAGCGCAUUAAGGCUGGUGAUUUUCAAGAUAUAAAACCCGUCAUACGCAACGUGGCCAAAUCAUAUGUGGUCUCAAAACCCAUGACGAGCGGGUCCAGUCAGCAGAGCACGCAAUACUAUCCCGUCGGUUCAUCACCAACAUCCACAUGCUCCAACUCAUCGGCCACUUCUUCCUCGUCAUCCUCGACUGCACCAAAGUUUAGCGACAAUUCGUCAGAUUCCGGUUUUGAUGAAAAUCUACAAGACAGAAAAUCGGCAAGUCCUUUGGAGGAUACAGAGAAAAAGCUAGCAGCUCGUGCAGCGAUCGGCAAUGUGCACACGAUGUUCUUGGCAAGUGGCGUUCAGAUUCACGGUCAACAUCAAAAUUUAAUGCUUACGGGCAAUGAGGUAGCGGCAAAGCUAUUGCAAAAUCGUAAGCAACAAAUGGCUAUGAUGGCUAAUUCCAGUGGCGGUGCAAUGCAGCAACACUUUCAACAACAACAACAAUCAGCAACUAAUGUCUCACGUAUCGGUUCGGCAACAUCAUCCUUGAAAAUCUCCCCAGUCACGCCCGCAACAAUAUCGACCAUAUCAGUGGGAAAUUCGGGUGGUAGCAAUUCUCACAGCAAGACGCCAACGGCGACACUAACUACAACUCGUGCAAUCUACAAUAACAACACCAUACAACAUGAAAACGGAGUGACAACAAUCGUGCCGGCCUCCUCGUUAGCGGCAUCCAACCAAACCGCAGCCAUGAACGCACUUGCUCCCAGCACAGUGACCAUUACACCAGCACCGACACAUCAAUUGGGAAAUUCCGCAUCCAGUGCGGCGUUAGGUUUAACAAAGAAACUGACAACAUCUGGUGUUGGAGUGAAUCUAAUAGCCGGCGGUGUCAACAAUCAAAGCAAUAUUCUCCAUACAGCGACAAACGCUGCUUCUCAUUUGCUCAAUCAUGGCAAUAGUACGCUGCUGCAUCAACAGGCGCACCAUCUGCAGCAGCAACCACAACCCCUUCAACAUCACAAUACGGCGAGUAAUCUGAAUCAGAAGAUCAUUCUGUUGAAGACAUCCGAUCUAAGCAAAUACAACAACUUGGCAAACAUCAGCAGCAGUAGUCUCAAUAGCGUUAAGCUGCCCAACGGCUCAACGCCAAUGGCGUCGAACGCGAACACCGGCGGCGGCGUUUGUAAGAAUUGACCAAACGGCAGCCGACAAAGAUUCACGACGCGUUAGUGCUUUACUCGACCCCUACUUCUACUUUUAUAAACAAAAUUUGCGUUCUUUGAACGCGUAACUUCACUGUUUGAAUGCUUUGUCACGUUGGUGCUAAGCACUUUUAAGUUGCCAUUUGCGUAGCAAUUAGAAAAUACUCGUAAAAGAACUUUAUUUUUAAAGCGUUUUAGACACUACCGAACUAUUGCGGAAGGAAACCUAGUGUUUCAUUUCUGUGUUAGCUGCAAUAAGGUCACCAGCUUUGAGAGGGUUUAUAUAUUUUAAAAUAUUUAAAUAUUUUUAUUUUAUGCACAUAUUGCCAUUUGAAACCAUGCUUAGUUUUACUCAAACCGUUUUUUACCUAAUUAUAAAUACACAGUUUCAUUACAAAGUGCACACCCCUUACACUUAAAAAGUUUAUAAACAUAUGAAAUAUAAUAAGUGAAAUUUACGUGAUCAUAUAUAAAAAAAAUAAAAAUAGGCCAAUGGCGCUGUUUAUUGUAUUUUGUAAAUUUUUACUCCUUUGUAUAUACUUAAUAUACCAAUUAGUAUAUAUAUAUAUAUAUAUAUUUGUAUGUGAGAGCUAUUUUAAAGAAUUUCUAAUUAAUUAAUUUAAAUUUUGUUGAAAUAUUUGGUUUAUUUGUACAUAUAUGUAUGAAAGUACUUUUUAUUUAUAAAUGAUAUCUACUCCUAAAAUUAUAAAUUAAGUAUCGAAUAAAAUUGGAGAAGCAACACCAAAAGUUCUUACCAUAAAAACUUUGUACUGUUCUAAACGGGAAAUUCUUUAUAUAAACAUUAUAAUUAUUGAAUAAGAAAUCAUUUAAAUAUAAUAAACAAACCAUACAUACAUAUAUGCUUAAAAAAACUAUGUAAAAAUUGCAUUUCAUAAAUAUCGGAUAGACUCUAGUUAUCCAUAGCUGCGAGUUAGUUGAAUAGUGACUAUACAAAAAAAGAAAAAAAAACAGAAAAAAUGAAAAUAUAGUGUAAAAUUUGCAAAAUACUUUGAAACAAUCUCAAAUGCAAGACAAUGCACGU